UUAUUUUGGAAUCAACGCUGUCUGGAAGGAAACCCACCUGCGAGGAAGUUGCUUGCGUCACAUGUUUACAUGACAAACUACAUUUCAGCCUGGUCAGUGACACGUCUCUACUUGCUGAUUAAAUGAACGUAAUUAAAGGUGGUGUCUUUACUCCUGGUGCAUCAUGGGUAAGUGGAGGCCUGUGUCUAACCUGAGAGAUCAGGUAUCUCGACACCCUCCUGUGGUUGUGUUCUUCCUCAGUCUGCUGAUCCUCUCCAUAACUUUCGUCUGCACUGGACUUUACUCUCAGAAUCACGACAUCAAGGACCCUGACAUAAGUGUAGACUGGAACCGGGUUCUGGGUUCUAUCGCUGGUUUUAAGUUCUGCACACAUCUGAACGACACAGAUGCACCGCUGGAGGAAGACUCUCCCCGGAUGGUGGAGCAUUCAGAUAGGACAAAUAUUUCCACAAGCAGCGCUCAUGUUUCGUUACUGGUGCCGCUGGUGUUUAUAGGGGACGUCCCAGAUAACACUGCCAUUAGUGCCACUAUGUUGGGCAGCCAGAUGGGCAUGAAAGGGGCUGCAGCGAAAGCAUCCGUCAAUAUAUCUCUGCUCCUGCACACUGAUAUUACCCACAGUCAAACUCCUGCUGGGACGCAGAGCAGUCGACCCCUGACCUGUCUUCAUUUCACAGCCCUGACCCACGUUCUCCCUCAAACGCCGUCACCUCCAGAAUGCCCAGUCACAGAGAACGAAGACAAGAGCGCUUCACCUGUCAGGGCUGUUGCUGUAGAAGCAUACAAGCACAAUUCUCCACACUGCUUCAGUCUGGAGUUCACACCAGAUCCACACCUGACAGUCCUGCUCACCAAGGAUGAAAAAGCCUUGUGCAGGUAUCACCUGUUGCUGGUUAGUGUUGCGCUGCUGGUUAUCUGUGUCCUCAUGAGUCUCUGCGGAGCUUUUUCUUCACAUUCGCCACGUUCUUACCAGGGGAAUGACCUUCAAAAGGAAUCGCUGCUGUGCCAGUGAGAAAAAUCUGCAGAACGUCCACAUUUGAGAGUGACCUGGCACUUCAUAACAUCAGAACGCAUGAAGACAUCGGCUGCUGAAAGAAAUAAGCAUUUGGGUAUUCAACAGUAACUUUCCAUUCCCAACAUGUUUGUCUCGUGCAGCUACAAAAAUUGCAACCAGUUAUGCAGGCUGCAUGCAAUUCACUCAGAAUAGAUCUAAAUGUAACUUUAUUUCAUGUUUGGUUGCAGCACUACGCUACGAUAUGUAAGUGUUAACAAUCGUAACAAAACCUGAGAUUGGUGGUUAUAAUAACACUAUACUCCAAGAGUAAGGUAGAUGAUUGAAAGCCUUAUCCUGAUGUCACGUGAAUGAAUAUCUUCAAUAUGAAUUUGAUUUAAAUGCAUUUCAUUGUACAUCAUUUGUUAUUUUUUCUAAAAACAACAUGUAUUAAAAUAUUCCAUUGUGAGAAUAUGAGCAAUGUAAA